CGCCCGUUGGCUGUCGUGGGCCCUGAAUCCCUGCGGAUCACGGAGGCUAUGGUGCAUGUCUUGUCAAACUACGACUUUGUACACGCCAUUCCUCACACGACACGUGCACCGCGUCGCGGUGAACGCGACGGCAUCGACUACUUCUUUGUAACCAGCGACGAGAUGGAGGCAGGCAUUCAGCAGCACCUGUUUAUCGAAGCAGGCAAAUACAAGGACAACAUGUAUGGCACAUCACUGGCCGCAAUUCAAGAGCCCGCCAGCGAGGGCAAAAUUGUGAUUCUGGACACCCAGCUCAAGGCCGUGCAACGCCUCAAGCUGUUCGGUGACAUCCAUCCAAUUGUCAUCCUGCUCAAGCCCAACAACAUGGUUGAUUUGCAGUGCUCACUCAAGCCCGCGGGUUCAACGGAAGAG